CACAUGAAGAGCCGUGCACGUUUUUAUUUCAAAGCAUUAACCUGCAUACUCAUAUUGCAUUGAUAAGGGGCAAUGAACUCUUUCUUUGAGAGGGGAUCAUUGCUGCUUUUUCUGCUUUGUGCAUAAAAGCUUUAGCAGAUAGGGUACACUAUCUCACUUUUUCCCCAUAAAUCAUUGACCUAUUGGAAUGGAUUUCUUGGUAAAUAUAUCCUUAGAAAUGGUACAUACUUUCUGGUUCUUACUCACAAUGGUAAAUGCUUUCUGAUUUGUCAUUGUCGCACACAAUGUCCCUUUAUUACAGUAUGAGUUGGUGGAGAACACAUGCAUUUUGCACUAAAUCUGUCCUUUUCAUUCACUCACUUGCUGGUAUAUUUAUAGGUAAUUGAUUCCUGAUAUGCUACAACUGAAGCUUCCAUGGGGAAUUUUAUAGCUCAUAUCGUGCCUGGUUUGGCUUUAACUCUUCUUGGCUUAUGGCACAUCAUCAACACUACCAGGUCGUACUGCAACAACAAAACCUCCACAAGCUUCAUGGUCAAGUUUUGGCACCCUUUUAAUUGUCUUUUUUCCAGGCUCAAACACUUGGAGCCUAUCCUCAUUCUGUCCUUCUCCAUACUCUCAGUUUUGAACCAAAUUUUCAACUUCCCUCUUUUCCGCUUCUCCUUCGAGCUUGUAAACUUGGAACAUGCAACCAUGUUCCUUCAUCUUGCCAUCUUUGCAGGUUUCACCCUUUGCACAGAGAUAACUGAAUCAUCUCACAUCCUGUCUAGUGUGACUGGGAUACUUGCUACUUCCCUCUUUACCCAAGAGCUUUUCCUCCUUCAUUUCCACUCAGCUGACCAUGUAGGUCUAGAGGGCCAUUACCACUGGCUCCUUCAGCUUAUAAUAUUCGUCUCUCUUCUAUCAGCCUUAGCUUCCACUUUUUUCCCAACCAGCUUCCCAGCAGCCCUUGUUCUUUCGGUUUCAGUAGUAUUCCAGGGAUGUUGGUUCAUGAACAUGGGUUGUAUGCUGUGGCUUCCUCAGUUUGUUCCCCAGGGAUGCUUUAUGAAUAUGAUGCAGUCAGGUGGGAACAGCGGUUCUGUAAUUCAUGGAGCAGUCACCUGUGAAUCUUCUUACGCAGAUCAUAGGGCGAGAGCUCUUGCAAACUUGCAGUUCAGCUGGAUACUUGGUGGAAUCAUGUUGGUUACUGGUUGUCUUUGCCUGAAAUCAGUAGGGAAAUCCAGCCAGAGACUGCAGCAAUAUGAGCAGCUUAACACCAGCAGAGGUGGUGAUAGUCCUUCUCUCACCAUUAUCGAGGGCUUUAAGUAAGUCCAUCAAAAGACUGCAUCGUCGAAGCACUAGCUACUCGUAAUCUAGUUAAGAUGGUGAUUAUGAUUGUCAACAGUGUAGAAUGAAUAACUAAGGAUGCAUAUGUAUUGAACAUGUCUUUCAAUGCAAAAAAUGAAUGUCCAGGACUGAUAGUCUGAUACUGUUGGUAUAAAGAUAAAGCUGUCUUAUCGUACAGAAAGUAAAAAGGCCAGUUUAUUUUUGUUUUUUUUAAUGUGUUUGACGGAAGAGGAGAGGAAAGGGUUGCUUUUGCUAGUGCUUUUCCCACUCGUUCUCAAACUCAAUUUGUCUUUGCGUUUAUGGUCAAGAAAGGAACGACCGAACGAUGAGACCAUUUUGGUCGAUGCAAAAUUGUUCUUUAAUACGAACUAGGGCUUGGUCUAAUGGUAAUAUCACUAGUCUAAAUUUGGAGUUUUCAGGUUCUAAUUCUUUAAGUAGUAUCUUAAUAACCACAAAAUGAAAUCUAUAUCACCCUUAUCUAAAAAAAUUGGUCUUUAAUGGUGGUGUACAAAAAGAAUUCAUUUUCAAUUCUAAGUUUUGAAUUCUAUAGAAUUGGAACUAACUAUAACGAUUCCUUGAUUUAUAAAUAGAAAAAUUAUUUUACUAAUUAUAAUAAAAUGAUAUUUUAUUC